AUGCUAGGAAGAUUUCAUGUCUACGAAGGUCAUUCGCCGCAUCAAGUGACCUUUCCUGUACGGCUCUUUGCGCGGUUGGGAUGCCGGAAUAUUAUCCUCACCAAUGCGGCUGGAUCACUGAACCCUCGUAUACCUGCCGGGACAAUUGUCGCCAUUCAUGACCAUAUCUCGCUUCCAAGCAUGACGGGACUCAAUCCUCUUUAUGGACCUACUUCCACCUCCACACAUUCGCCGCGUUUCCUACCACUUUCAAACGCCUACUCACGCACUCUGCGCAAAUAUCUCUUUCACGCAUCCAUGCAGCUCAACCUCCCUCCAGAAACUCUGGUGGAGGGUACAUAUUGCUGGGUGACCGGCCCCACCUACGAGACCGCCGCAGAAGGGAGGUGGCUACGCGAGAUUGGUGGGGAUGUCGUUGGUGCGAGUACUGUACCAGAGGUUAUGGCAGCGAGAGACGAAGGUAUGGAUGUGCUCGUACUCAGUCUGGUCACGAAUGCAGUCGUCAUCCCAAUUGGUGAGAAGCAAGGCGUGAAGAAGGAAGUUGAACGGGAGUUGGCUGGAAUGAAAUACGGAGAUUCCGACGAGAAAGUCGUCUCACAUGACGAGGUACUUGCUAUGGGCAUCUACAAAGCAGAAGUUGUGAAGCAGUUGGUAAUGAGCGUGGUUCAAAUGAUCGUAUAG